AGAUUUUUAGAUUGCAAAUGUGAGUAAAAAAACUGUAUAUUAUUGAAUCAGUUGUUAGAAAUGAAUGCAUCUAGUUAACUCUCUAUUUGUUAAUAUCCGUUGAAGAUAAUGGAUUUGAAGUUCCAUGUACCAAUAUUGAGUGUAUUAACUUUCUUCGCUUUUUUUGUCGGAACGUUUGAUGCAUCUCCUCUUAAUGUCAAGGCGGCUAAAACUGUUUCCACGACUCGUCUGCGGAGACAAGCAUGGUGCGGAGGAGUAUUACGUGCUGAUACAGGUGUUAUCCAACUCCCUACAAUAGAUCACAACGAGAAUGAACUUUACGAAGCUAAUACAGAGUGCAAGUGGAAGAUCAAAGUACCGGAUGGGCAUCACGUGGUCAUAGAUUCGGAAUACUUUGACCUGGAAGCUAGUGCUAACUGUCAGUAUGAUUAUGUUCGGGUAGUGGAUGCGUCACGGAAUAACACAUUCUGCGGCAAGGAGCACUUGGUCUACGUUUCCAUUAGCAACGAGCUUACUGUGACAUUCACAUCUGACAACGAUGUCAGCGGCAAAGGAUUCAAAUUCAAAGUGACUUCCGUUCCGAAUUUAACAGAAGGAAGAUGCAACAGCACGAUUCUGGCAAUCAAUGGUCAGGACGGUGACAUCUGGAAUUAUGACAAGCCGGGAAACUGCUUUUACUCUUUAGAGGCGCCCGCAGGUCUUACGGUUCAAAUUACACUGAGGUUCAUUAAUUUUGGCUCCUCUUCAAGUGAUGAAAAACGUAUUGUGAUUCGUGAUGGUGUAAGCACACAUGGCGAUCAUCUUUGGAAGAUCUCUAGUGGUGAGCCUUUACGGAAAAAGUCAGCAUGUGCUAAUCACCUCUUUAUUGAGUACCAUAACCAGGGCAGCACCAAAGCCGUCCGAUUCUAUCUUACAUAUUCCAUCUUAACGUGCACGACAGAACCGGCGACUCACCCUCCAUUCGUCGAAGGAGAAAACGAUUGCGGAUGCGAAAAGCAAGCAGUCUGUGUUCUACAAGGCUUCGAAAAGAUGUGCAUUCCUGGGUCUCAGUGUGAUGUUGAUCUCUGUGCGAAUGGAGCCACGUGCGUGAAUACCAGACGAGGUGACCAGUGUUUCUGUUCCGGUGGGUUCACUGGGAAAUUAUGUAAUGAAACGGCAGGCUCCAUUAUGGGUCAUCUGAAAUUCAUAGAAGUGCCACAAAGCAGGAUGGUAAAAAAAGGCGGACAAUCGGUAAGCUUGUGCAGAGUGGAAAGCCCAGCUUCAGAAGAAAAAGUUGUGUACACUUGGUAUUUUAAAGAAAAGACUAUUGAAGAUUACAAAGACCGUACUAAGUUGAGAGAUGGAGAAGGCUUACUGUUGAUUAAUGACUUCAAUGUAGAGUUUGAAGGUAGAUACACCUGUGUGGCAAGAGCGGGAAACGUAACUGCGGAACACACAAUAACACUUUCCAUGGAUGAAUGCUUUCUAGGGAUCAAUGGUCCAAAGGAUACUGUUGACUACACCGGUAGAACUGUUAUUCUGUCAUGUUCGAUUGAAGAAGCCGGCGACAUUUGGUGGGAGAAGGACAAUGUGACAAUAGAUAUAGGAGGACAAUUUCACAUUUGGCAGAGUAAGACUAUAAACAACCUCCGGAUUGCUAUAGCAGAGGAACAGGACUCGGGUGUGUACACGUGCGUUGCCAGGGAUAUUACGGGCUGUAAGAACCGACGCAGUGCUACGCUCACAAUACAGAACUGGGGAAAGCACGAAACAUAUUGUGGAAAAUCGUACCCUGAUCAGAUAAAUGAAGAUAGGGCCUCACCACUCAUUGCUAUGGGUUUAAAUGCCAAUCCAAAGGAGAACCCGUGGCACGUCAGUUUAUUUUCUAUGGAUAUUAUGCAUCCUUUUUGUGGUGGGUCACUUAUAUCCCAGAGUUUCGUAGUGACUGCAGCUCAUUGCAUAACCGACCGCUGGACGGAGGAACAGUUCAAGGCAUCCGUUCUGAUUGAAUUCGCCAGUCUUAGCUGUACUCUAGACGGAAAUGAAAUACGACGUGUUAAAUUCAUCUAUAUUCACCCUCAGUACAACAAGACGGCACCGUUUGACAGCGAUAUAGCCCUACUCGAACUAAGUGAACCGGUUGAAUAUUCUCUCAACAUUCGUCCUAUAUGUGUACAAUCAUAUUCAAAAACUGAAAAAUAUAUGAUUGGUGCAAGUUAUACGCAAGGAAAGGCGGUUGGGUGUGGAGGAGUCCAGCACCUUGGCCGGCAGUCAUUGAAACUCCAGCAAAUUAUGCUGCCCUACGUACAAAGAGCUGACUGUAAGGACGAUUUAGAGACAACAGGCAUUUACAAAUUUACAAAAAACAUGAUAUGCGCAGGUUAUAAGCAAUGGCGAGUUGGUGACGUUUGUCGUGGUGACAGUGGUGGUGGUUUCAUGAUGGAACUCCCAGGGGGAUUUAAGUGGGUGCUCGCUGGUAUUGUCUCCUUUGGCUUCCGAUGUAACGAUCCUGAUCACUACUCAUAUUUUACCCACGUUGGAAUGUUCUAUGACUGGAUUGAAAGCAUUGCCAAAUUUAACGAUGAAAAGGUCAAACUGGACUUUCUUGUUACUACACGUAGUGAUCCUGAGAGUGUUGUCAUGCACGUUACCAACGCUUCAACAGUCGGUCGAGAUAACAACUGUAGCGGUAUAUGGUCUGACACCGACGAAGGAUUUACGGGUUACAUCCUGUACACGGCACCAAAAUACGAGGACAACAGACACUGUGUUCUGGUGGUGAGCACUUUUACGAACAAUCACGUGGUACAGGUGCACUUUAACAGAUUCGAAAUGGAAGGCUCGGACAGCUGCAAGUUUGAUUCUCUGAACAUUUACUCCGGGGAACGGGAAGAUUCCGCGUCUCUCGGUGGCCCCUACUGCGCUUCCAGCUUAAAUGGUCGCACGAUUCUAAGCAGUGGGAACACGAUGCGACUGGUGUUCAAGACGGACCAGUCUUAUUCGUUCUUAGGCUUUCAGGCCAAUUUCACGUUCUUGCCCAUGGAUCAUCUUGACAAAGAUUGCAGAUGCAGUGGGCAUGAAGUAUGCGUGGUACGGGGUUUUGAAAAGAUGUGCAUUGCUGGGUCCCAGUGUAAAAGCGUUUCUCACUGUGAGAAUGGAGCCACGUGUGUGAACAAUGGUAGUGUUGACCAUUGCUACUGUACUGCAGGGUACACUGGGAACUUCUGCACUGAAAUGGCAGGCUCUGCUGGUCGUCUAAAAUUUACACAUGCGCCUCAAAGCCGGACAGUAAAGAAAGGUGGGGAGUCUGACAACCUUUGUCAGGUGGAGAAACCUGCAUCAGGACCACCUGUCGUCUACUCUUGGUAUUUUAAAGGACGAAUCAUAGGCGAUUACCAAAGAAGUUCCAAAUUUGGAGACCAAGGACAGGGUCUGCUAAUGAUUGGCGACUUUAAUAAACAGUUGGAAGGAAGAUACACAUGUGUAGCUAGAGCGGGCAAUGCAACUGCGGAACACACAUUUACUCUAACAAUGGUAGAGGAAUGUCUGCUAGAGAUGCAAGGACCAUCGGAUUCAGAUUAUGAUACCGAUGAAACUGCCAUCGUGUUUUGUGCGGCCUACAGAGCAAAGGACGUUUGGUGGGAGAAAGAUAAUGUGAAAAUUAAAACGGAAUCAACCGGAAAAUUCAUUAAAAUGCAAAACAACUUUCUUCGUAUCGCUUACACAGCAACAAAUGACUCGGGUGUGUACACGUGCGUCGCCCAUGAUACAAAAGGCUGUGAGAGCAGACGCAGUGCACGGCUCACUGUAUUGAACAGGGGAAACUAUGAAAAAUAUUGUGGUAUUGCCUAUACAGAUCAAGUACGCAAAUACAUAGCCCAAGGUUACAUUUCUAUGGGCGAUGCAGCCUUACCAAAGGACAACCCCUGGCACGUCAGUUUAAUUUCAAAGGGACAAAAUCGUCCGUUUUGUGGUGGGUCAUUGAUAAGCCAAAAAUUUGUAGUGACCGCAGCCCAUUGUAUUGGCGACUAUAGACCAGUCAACGAUUUUCAGAAAAAUGUUAUGAUAGAAUUCGGAAGUUUGAAGUGUAACGCACCUGGAGAUUUAACCCGAGGUAUUAAGUCCAUCACUAUCCACCCUCAGUUCAACAAGACUGCACAAUAUGACAGUAACAUUGCAUUGCUGGAACUCAGUGAGCCAGUUGAGUAUUCGGAUAACGUGCGUCCAGCAUGUGUUCAAGAUUACUCCAAGAUUGAAAGACUAAUGAUUGGUUCAAGUAGUCCUCCUCAAGGAAAGGCAGUUGGAUGUGGUGUACUCCGGGAGGGUAGCAAACAACAACCAAAUGACCUUCAGCAAAUCUAUAUGCCGUACGUGCAGAGAUACGAUUGUGAAGAAGGUUUGGAAGGAACUAACUAUCGAAUAACAGAGAACACGUUUUGUGCAGGCCAGAAGAAACAGCGAGUUGGUGACGUGUGCGCUGGUGACAGUGGUGGUGGUUUCAUGAUGGAAACUCCGGGCACGUUUCAGUGGGUGCUCGCCGGUAUUGUCUCAUUCGGGUUCCUGUGUGACAGUCCUGACCACUACAGCUAUUUCACCAACGUUGGCAAAUUCUAUGGUUGGAUAGACGGCAUUGCCAAGUUCACCGAUGAAAAAGUCAACAUCGACUUUGUGUGUACAUUUUGAUUGAUGACAAUGCGUAGAUUGCAAUUCUGAAGAAAACAUUAACAUUGAUUCAUUUUGCUUCAAUGAGGGGAUGGCUUGUUGCAAACCAAAAUUUAGAUUAUCUUUAUAGUAUUACAUUUGUUCCGUGUAAAUAAAACAUCUGUGCUUAAGAAGUC